AUGGACGGCCGAGGUGAGCGGGAGUGGCGUGGGCCCCGGAGCUGGGCUGUGGUGCCCUUCGCGGAGUCUGACCGUCUCAACAGCUGCUCCAGCCGGAGGCUCAGAGGGGGCCUGGCCAGGACAGUCCUGCCCCGGUUCGAGCACCAGCAGUCUCGGGUCCUGGGGACCCUGCUGGUCCCCCGCAAAGCAGAGCGCAGGACCCUGUGGACCCACAGACUCGGCACCACCCUGGGCAAAACCUCUCCCUCUGCUGGCACACGGCCCAAGCCUGUUUUAAGUACAGGAAACCGCUGCCCCCUGCAGCCCCUGCUCCUCGGGCUCCUCUUCGUCCUGGUCUUCUUUGGCUACGGGUUCCUGAGCUCCAGACGCCCGAUGCCAGGAGGCGUGGGAGUCAGGCCUAGCGUGGCUGUUGGGGACCCCGACGGCCGGCCCGUGGUGGCCUUGUCCAGGAUGCUGUACCCCCAGCCGAAGGCGCUGACUCCCUCACGGAGCGAUGUCCUCGUGCUGACCCCCUGGCUGGCUCCCAUCGUGUGGGAGGGGACCUUCAGCCCUGAGAUCCUGGACGAGCAGUUCCGGCUGCAGAACGUGACCGUGGGACUGACCGUGUUUGCCGUCAAGAAGUACGUGGCGUUCCUGCAGCUGUUCCUGGAGACGGCGGAGCAGCACUUCAUGGUGGGCCACCGCGUCACCUACUACGUCUUCACCGACCGGCCGGCCGACGUGCCCCGCGUGCCGCUGCGGGAGGGCCGGCGGCUGGCGGUGCUGGCCGUGCGCAGCCACGCGCGCUGGCAGGACGUGUCCAUGCAUCGCAUGGAGACGAUCAGCCGCUUCUCGGAGCAGCGCUUCCGCCACGAGGUGGACUACCUGGUGUGCGUCGACGUGGACAUGAAGUUCCGGGACCACGUGGGCGUGGAGAUCCUCAGCCCGCUGUUUGGCACCCUGCACCCCGGCUUCUACAGAGCCGACCGCCAGGCCUUCACCUACGAGCGGCGGCCGCAGUCACAGGCGUACAUCCCCCCGGACGAGGGCGACUUCUACUAUUUGGGGGGCUUCUUUGGGGGCUCGGUGGCCGAGGUGCAGCGGCUCACCAGCGCCUGUCACCAGGCCAUGGUGCUGGACAAAGCCAACGGCAUCGAGGCCGUGUGGCAUGACGAGAGCCACCUCAACAAGUACCUGCUGUACCACAAGCCCACCAAGGUGCUGUCCCCCGAGUACCUGUGGGACCAGCAGCUGCUGGGCUGGCCCUCGGUCAUGAAGAAGCUGAGGUUCGUGGCUGUGCCCAAGAACCACAAGGAGAUGCGGAGCCCGUGA